AUGUGGACUCUGUGCUUAGCAAAACUGCAAAACUCCGAUCGCUCAUUAGUGAUUUGCAGAAGAACUACACUGAUGACCCAACUGCCAAAAAGGCUGUCAUCCAGCUCAACCAUGACCUUCAAGUGUUGGACGCCGAAUACAACAAGUUAUCUGAGCAUGUGGCAAAGGGUGAGCGAGAUGAUCACAAUGAAGUGUAACUUGAUUGCAUGUAUCAGAAAUGGUGACACUGCAUUUUGGCCAGUACUGUUCGCUUAA